GAAGAAACGAGAAGAAGAAGACCUUAAUCACUAAAUCGUAAUCAAUCGGCAUUAGAAAGAAUGGUUGUUUUUAAUGAACAAGUGAAAAAAACAAAAUUAGGCUAAUUGGUCGAGUGAGAAUCUGUCAUAUGUCUAAAAGUAAGGGUGUGUUAGUUAAAGUGUAAAGAUUGUGUUUUGUCCAUUAUAUAUCAUAUUACAACAAUAUUUAACUGUGAUUCGUUAUGCAGCCUAUCUGUGAUUAUUUGAAUGCUGUAGUGGUAUUUCAUAGAUGGAACAUUACUUUUCUUAGAUUUUUAAAUUUUGAUUUACUGUUAUAAAACUUGUAAGAAUAAAUACAUGUUCUUAAAAUAACUAAAACUUUAAUUUAGGAUAAAAUAAACAUCAUGAGCCUUUGGAAAACAAUGAACCUGUAUGAAGCUUUUUUCAUAAGAAAAUUCCAAGACUAUUUCAUGGGGUACGACUCUAUGUUCCUAAGUGUGACGAAAGUGUCCGACCCUGGUUAUGCCAUGUCCAUUCUGUUUCCUGUGGCCGCUUCAGUGAACACGCCCCUGGGGGCUGACAUCCUUGUUGUCACUGUAGCUGCUGAAUGGCUGAAUACACUUCUUAAAUGGUUGCUGAUGGAGGACAGGCCAUUCUGGUGGGUGCGUGAGUACGGUACGGGUGCGCCAGAGUUGCGUCAGACCCCUCUCACCUGUGAGACUAGUCCUGGCUCACCCUCUGGACACGUCAUGGGCUUUGCUGCGCUACUCUAUGCCCUCUUGCGAUGGGCCAUCGCUAACUUCAUCAAUAAAAGCUCAGAACUCACGCAUAAUCAGAAAAAAAGAAGAAGGCAGUUUCUUUGGGGCGUGGUGCUGGUAGCUUUAGUUUUGGUGUCUUUGUCUCGAGUAUUUGUCGCUGCUCAUUUUCCUCAUCAGUGUGUUUUAGGAGCAUUACUUGGACUGAUGAUCGGCUACGUGCUGACUGACCAAGGGCCGUGGUGUCUGCGGAAUUGGUGGAGGGGGGCCUCUCGCUUUUCACUCUUCUGCGUCUCUCUCACUCUUAUCGCCAUUUCAGCCGGAGCUUACGUCUUACAACUUGCUCUGGGCGUAGAUCCACAGUGGUCAGUGCGGAUGGCAUUUAAGUGGUGCCGUAAUCCUGAGUACGUACACGUGGUCACAACCCCUCUCUUCUCCUUGGUGCGAGACUGUGGCGCCUCGCUCGGACUGGCAAUGGCCUCUCCAAUAAAGCUCAGAAGUGAUAUCAAGUUCUAUCCUGUCCUGGGAGUGACCCUGGUGAUCCUGAUGGUUGUUUCCCUCCAGUUUCUCAAGGACCUCAUCCCUACAGCUAACGCAGUCAUGUUCUACGUAUGCCAGUUUUCUCUCCACGCUACACUACCCUUCCUUCUUCUCUUUUUGGUUCCAGUCAUCGCUUCCUUGUACAAAGUCAAAGAAGAUUAACUGAACCUCAACACUUUAAAUUAUCUAGUCCAGGCCAAAUUUUAUCACUAACACCAUAGUUUUAUAUUUAACGAUGUAGACAGUUUUGAAUGACUAAUUUAUGAUGUUAGUAUGUAAGCAUCAAUGUUUAUGCAGUAUAAUGUAUAGUCAGAACACCGAUGUUGAUAGAUUUAAGUGAAAGUGACAUUUACAGAAUUCUUUGAUUCGAGCCUUUGAUUUGUUCCCACUAGAUACAAUAAUAUUGAGUACUAAAGAGGAAACACAUGUACACAACUAUUUUAUCAAUUAAUUUAAUAAAUUCUUUUUUUAAAGUAACAGUAUAAUGAAACAUUUUUCUUAUGAAAUAUAUAAGUCUUUUAACAUUUCAAUUACAGACAUGUAACAUACAAUGUUUCAUCAAACGUAUAAUAUAUUUAUUAUAUUACUAAAAAAUGGAAAACUAUUACAUGUUUUUUAAGGUAUAUGAUCUAAUAUUGAUCCAAUUAGAUCACCUGGUGGUGAAUAUUCUGUGUCUCUAAAACAUUGAAUUAUAAUUCAAUGUUAUAUUUGUGUAUUGAGUGGAAAUUAAUGUAGUGGAAAAUAAUAAAUAACAUGAAACCGUCUGUUACUACCAUAUCAGACUUAUCGUGUAUGAAUAAGCCCCACAGAAAUGAAAUUUUGUAUAAAUAUACUGUGAUUGCCAAUUUUGGGAAGUUAAAUGUAACUUGUAGUUUAGUUCUGUGGAUAAUAAUUUGUCCAAGAGUCAGGUGAUCCAAGGUGCCUUUGAUACACCUCUGUACUCUGUCCAUCCACGCAUCCAGCGGUAUGUUCAUCAGAAUUGUCUUGUAUUCUGGUAUUUUGAUAUAUUCAUUUAUUUCUCUCAUUGUCCACUCUAGUACAUAUGGUGACAGUUCCCCUCAUGUAAAGCUAAAUAUAAGCGUAUAAAUAAUUUAUAUAAAUGAUGUACCAAAAAUUAAGGUUAUAUUGGUAACCCCUAGCUGCAGGCAUGGUAAUUAAUAAAGGUUACCACUUUUUAUUGCAUGAAAAUUCUCAUGAGAAAGGAUUUUAAUUUUUAACAAACAUCGUGCUGCCAGCACUGUAAUAGUAGCUGCACUCCCAUUGGUGUUACAUUGUUGGAAACAAAUAAAUGUACCGUUGUAGAUUGAACAAAAUGUCAGUUCAUAACACCUUGAUAAUUAUUUUUUACUUUUAAGUAGUAUUAUUGCUACCUUUAAGUAUGUACUAAAAUAGAGGUUACUAAGACGUUUGUGAUUUGUUUUCAAAGAAAAUUCACUCUCUUGUAUAAAAGUUAUAGCUGAAUAAUUAAAAAAAAUGAUGUGGCACCAAUUACGGGCCCUGAACAAGCAAGACAUCUGGAUAUCAAUAUUGUGUUUUUUUUUUCAACUUUGAUACUGGCUACUGUUGGCUUACCUCUGGAGAAAUUUCAGUUUCAGAUAGCUUUAUUCAUUAAAAUGUGCAUGUGCAUAGAAUGGAUAGCGCCAUUACUCUAAAUUAUAAUUACAAAUGUGAUUUAGAAAACUAGGCCUUUGCUAUACAGUCAGUUUACAUUAAUGUUUUCCUUCCUUUAUUAUAUCUGGCAAUGACCCUUUACUUGAAAUGAAUCUUGGAAAUGAUAUCUCGUCCCUUUAUAAGAUGUCUUUUUUGACUUCCUUUUUGAAACUGCACACACAGUUGAUUAAUGGGUAAGAAAACACUGAAGUUACAAUAAUUUAUUUUUAUUGUCACAUUGUAUGUAUUGCCAAUCGCCAGAUUUGAAGUCGUCCUCACUUUUUUUUAAAGUAACUCAAAGCAAUAAGUGUAAAAUAUAUGUAUAUAGGUAUAUUUAAGUUUCUUUCACUGACUGUAACUGUUAUCAUUUAAAAUUUCUAAGUCAAUUACCAUGCCUGCUACCAAAGAUAUAAGUUAGGCUGUACAGUCGGACGGUGACCAUCCAAACAGUCUGAAACAGUUGACUUCUUAUUGUUUUUAGAUGUUUAACUAAGUAAAGAACACUAGAGUUGUAUAUUUGAUGAUCAUGAAAUUCAUGUGAGCUCUCAAAGAUUGUGCGAGGGAGGAGUGUCUAAAAAAUUACAGGUGCGAACAUCUAAUGUGUGACACUCAAAUUAUUAUAAAAUAAAACCAAAAAUAAAAACCCAAUUUCAUCCACUCUAUACUGAACAGCAAUGUUUUAUUUUCCAAAAAGUAAUUGUAGGUGAGAAAUAACGUAUUAACCCUUAUAACGUCAGUAUAUCUUUUCACGACUUCCAGCAAACGGCACA